GCGCUGUAAACGGGGGUACCAUGAGUAGACAACUAGACACACAUGUACCGCCCCAUAACACAUGGUUUUAAAGAUGACCUGGAUUAGAUAAACACGCACGAGUUUGCUUUUAUAGUUGGAAUUUUUUGUUUCCAAAGUUUUACAAUGGAGGUUUCUACACUUGACGAGAAGUUACGGGAGCUGGUUGAGGCCGCGGUGGCGGUGAAGGUGAAUGCGUAUUGCCCCUACAGCAACUUCCGGGUCGGCGCAGCCAUCCUGUGCGCAGACGGCUCCAUAUAUUCGGGUUGCAACGUGGAGAACGCUAGCUACGGCCUCACAGUCUGUGCAGAACGCGUCGCGGUGACGAACGCUGUAACGCAUGGACGCCGUGACAUUCAGGCAGUAGCAGUGUCGUGCGACAUUAAAGGCGACUUCAAAGGACCUUGCGGCGUGUGCCGACAGGUGCUCGCGGAGUUCAACCUCGAUAUGGACAUGUACCUCACCAAACCGGAUAUGACGUACCGGAAGGUGACGCUGCGGGAGCUGCUCCCAAUGGCGUUCACGCCAAAAACGCUGGAAGAGGAGCGGAUUCUGACCGAGUGACGCUUGCGUUCCUUGUUAGAUUGUUUAACUCAUUGUUGGUUGUGUCUUUAAAGCCGUUAUACAGCCACACAAACUAGUAUACAACAUGCGAAUUUUUACGCGAAUUUAUUAGUUUUUACAUUGGGCUCAAGUCGCUGGUAUAGUGUGUAUAUUUAAACUGUAUUUCAGUAUUCGUAAGCGGCGUUACUAGUUUUGUUAGAAGAAAGUUCCUUAAACAACCUUUGACGAGCUUAUAAUGCUGUCUUAUAUGGAAGAGUUCUGGUUAAUGCUCAAUUUAUGUCUGUUGUUUUACAUUUUGAAUAUAUUCACAAUGAUUACAGUUUAUCUGAUUUCUCUUUUGUACCUAUUGAUGUUGUUGAAAAUAAUCUAGACCGUUUAUGCAAAGAAACAUUUUGGAUACAUUAAAAACUAUGAUUCCUAACGGUCUAAAUAAUAAUCUGCUUUAUAACAUAUAGAAUAUAAGCAUAAUUCACA